AGCAAGUGGCCCAAGAGCUGCGCCUGGCGCAAAGACCCGGGCCGAUGACGCUGACCAUCACCAAUGUGGCCAGCGGCGAGGUCAUGGCAGUGCUUUCUGAGCGCCCAAGCUCAGUGAAAGAGGCUGCGCUACAGCUGGCAAAUGAGUUGGGCACGCCCCACCAGGCCUUCAAGCUUCUAAGCUCCACGGGCGCGGUCUUGGAGGAGUCCGCGCUGAUCGAGGAAGGGACCGCCGCGCUGCAGGCGGCGCGACUGCCGCUGCUGCGCAUCUCGGUGAGGUGUCGGGUGAUGUCGAUGCAGUUCAUCCCCGGUGAGAGCCAAGAUCUGCUGCUGGUGACCCUCGGAAACUUAAAGCCUCAGGAGGAAAAGCUUGACGUCUUGGGUGCCGACGACGGCCCGGAGAGCAGCAUGUGGUUCUGGCGCCUGUUCGGGCCAUCGUACUGCCCAUCGAAGGCCCAACUGAUUGCCCGUAAGAUGUGUGCAAGAACAGGUUGGCGAGACGGAUUGCAACGGCUUUGGGACCAGGAGGCGGAUCGUACAGACGUCUGGUCAGCGGAGGAGAUCAAGGAGGUAGAGGAGACGGGCAAUGUGAUGUGGCCGAACAAGUUCAACGGUUAUGUCGACACCUUCAUGUCGGUCCAUGACGAGUCCUUCGCGGUCUUCUCUUGGAAUCAGAACGACUACCUUGGGGGCUGCGCCAACUUGGAACAGCUGAAUCUGAAGACGGGCGAGGUGACCUGGUUGACCAGCGGCUGGGACUGCUGGGAUAUGACCACGGAUGAAGCUGGGACACUCUUCUACAUCAGCUGCUACGACGGCACGGACAUCCACAGAAUACAGGACGCACGGGUUCAACAGCCAGCGACUGAAAGGACCGAGACGCAGAUCGUCUCUCAAGCAGAAGGCUUGGGCUUUGUUCUGGGCUACGACGCCAGCCUCAAGGUGUUGAUCAUCAGCUCUCGGGACACCUUCUUCUACGCAGUGGGCGCGCCUUCGGAAGGCCUCGAGAAGCUGUGCGCAAUCCCUGGCGCGGAAAGAGUCCCUUCGAUGCGGCCGCCGGCAGACGACCAUACUCCUGGCGACAGAACAAGGCCUUGGGAAACCGUAAAGAUUCCGAGUCCUGAGAACCGACUCGUGGAGACCAAGGGCGGCUUCUAUUGCAACAACGGCUGCGUGACCUUUGUAGACCAGGAGAAGCGCCUGCGCACUGCAAAUCUCUUCGACGGAAAGAUCGAGACGCUGCCUCUGAGUGAUUCCGCGAUCACCUGCGCUUGCAGCCAGAGCGGCCUGCAAGCGAUCGUGGUCUCGUGAUGGCCUUUAACGCAGAUGAUGAAGCUCAACACACAUUUCUUUCCUUUGCUGAAGUCUUGUUUUUUGCUGUGGG